AUAUCGCAUACACUAUGGCAGAAAGGAGAUUUGUAACCAAUUUAUAAACAGUGUAAUUUUGACAAAUUAUUAUUUGGAUGUAGUCGUAGCAGCAAAGAGACGAUUAUUUCAAAAUCAGACGAAUUAUCAUCAAUGACUAUGGUGCAGUUCGGAGCCCCAGUCAAUUUUGAUCGAAGGUCCUCUUUUAGUAUUAGCCGCGUGCUUGGCGAGGAAUUAAACGACGACAACGAUGAUAUUGCGACGACUGAACACGAUGAUUCCUCGGAAAAUCUGGAUAUGCCUGCAGAUGAUUCGAGCAAUGUGGAUGUUGAAUCUUUGGAAUCGGAGCUGGAAAAUUCAGAAUAUUACCAAAAAAUGUUUCAAAAAAACUGUGAUCUACCACCUGCAAACUCAAACGCGAAAGACAAUGACACAGUUAAUGAUAAUUUAGAUGAAUCUGAUCGCAAUAACAACAGUAAUUCUUCUCAACAGACCAACGACAAAAAGUCGGAGAAGCCACCGUUUAGUUAUAAUGCUCUUAUAAUGAUGGCCAUUCGAAGUAGCGCCGAGAAAAGACUGACCCUGAAUGGGAUUUAUGAAUUCAUUAUGAAGAACUUUCCAUACUAUAAGGAUAACAAACAGGGGUGGCAAAACUCAAUCCGACACAAUCUCAGUUUGAACAAGUGUUUUGUUAAAGUUCCACGCCACUAUGACGACCCCGGGAAGGGAAAUUACUGGAUGCUAGACCCAUCAUGUGAUGACGUUUUCAUCGGAGGAACCACAGGAAAACUCCGCCGACGAUCCACAACAGCAUCUAGAAGCCGGCUGGCAGCCUUAAAAAGAGCUGGAUUUGCCGGAUACCAGUCGCCAGUAUAUCCCUACUUCGGACAUGCGGGAAAGCCCGGGUCCUACAUUUGGCCAUUUCCAUCCUUGUUUCAUCUCGGGUCAACAAAUCCAAUAUCUGCAUCCGGGUCUCUGAGAUAUUCCGGAUUCUCUAUGUACCCCUACAGAGGUCUGGUCACUCCAUCUUCAUCACUUCCGGCAGGUGCGUCUCCCAGAACGACAAAUUUCUCUGUAGAUAGACUCCUAGGGCUGGACAUAAAUUCACAACAAACAGUAAGCAAAUCCAACAGCUCUUUUCUUCCCUGGCCACCCCAAACCGCGAUGUCACUAACACAAAUGGAACAAAUAUCUCCCAGUAAUAGGGGUCUUGAUUUAAGUGUCUUUAAGGGACUUCAUGGACUUCCGGUCUCGCCUUUGUCUGCGUUUACCUCCCCUGACGUGAUGUCGCAGAGUUCUUUAUCGGCCCGUGGAAUUUUGCCGACAAUAAAUAGAAACAGUAUUGGUGAAACAAGAACAAGUUGAUCAAACUUUUGAAAGAAGAAAAUUAGUGCUCUAUAAAGUGCAAUAACAGAAUACGAAGUGAAAAUGUCCAGAACUGCUGAUGUGUGAGCGAUAAAUGACUGUUUAUUUGCUAAAUCUAAAGGUAUAUAUUAAAAUAAUUAGAGAAAGAA